CGCGCACGGCGACACGGCCGGCCGCCAUCUUCCUUCCGCGGCGGCGGCAGCGGUGCGGGCGCGGGGUCGGCGGCGCCCCUCGCGAGGUGGUGGCGGGCGUGGAUGAGGCGGGCGUGGACGAGCCUCCCGCCAGCGUCGCCCCGCUCGCGCCCGCCCCCCGGCGGGCCCGGCAGAGCCGAGCCCCCGGGCGGACGGCGCCGGCCCGGCCCGAGCCCCGCGGGGCCCGAGCCCGGAGCGCCCCCCCCGGCCCCGCCCCCCGGCCGCCCCGGGGCGCCCGCCGGAGCCCCUCGGCCCGCCCGCUCCCCGGCCGGGCCGCGCCCAUGGCCUAGGCGGCGAAGAUGUUCAGCUUCGAGGGGGAGUUCAAGACCAGGCCCAAGGUGUCCCUGGGCGGCGCCAGCCGGAAGGAAGAAAAGGCUUCUCUUCUACAUCGUACUCAGGAAGAAAGACGGAAAAGAGAGGAAGAAAGGCGAAGACUGAAAAAUGCAAUAAUUAUCCAGUCAUUUAUACGAGGCUACAGAGACAGAAAACAGCAAUACUCCAUUCAAAGAAGUGCGUUUGACCGCUGCACCGACUCCGCACAGGCUGGCGGCACCUUCUCCAUUGCAAGUGCUCCAAACUUGACCCUCCUGGUCAGGCAGCUCCUGUUCUUUUAUAAUCAAAGUGAAGACUCAAAACGCUUGAUAUGGCUGUAUCAGAACUUGAUUAAACAUAGCUCUCUGUUUGUCAAGCAGUUGGAUGGAUCAGAAAGACUGACAUGCUUAUUUCAAAUAAAGAGGUUGAUGAGCCUCUGCUGCAGGCUGCUGCAAAACUGUAAUGAUGACAGUUUGAAUGUUGCACUUCCAAUGCGAAUGCUUGAGGUAUUUUCAUCUGAGAAGACUUACCUGCCUGUUUUACAAGAUACUAGCUAUGUGGUGUCCGUAAUCGAACAGAUUUUGCUCUACAUGAUUCACAGUGGGUAUUAUAGGUCUCUCUACUUGUUGAUUAACAGCAAGCUUCCAUCAAGUAUUGAAUAUUCUGAUUUAUCUCGAGUUCCUAUAGCAAAAACUUUGCUGGAGAAUCUCCUAAAGCCACUGCACUUUACAUACAACUCCUGUCCAGAAGGCGCAAGGCAGCAAGUUUUCUUGGCCUUCACAGAGGAGUUUCUGACAGCACCUUUCACCGAUCAGAUUUUUCAUUUCGUCAUCCCGGCGUUAGCAGAUGUGCAGACUGUGUUCCCCUAUGAGCCCUUCCUGAAUGCACUGUUACUGGAGAGUAGAUAUUCAAAAAGGAGCAGCGGAGCACCAUGGCUUUUCUAUUUUGUUUUAACAGCUGGCGAGAAUUAUUUGGGAGCGCUCUCUGAAGACGGCCUGUUGGUGUAUCUGCAUGUUCUCCAGACCUUCCUCUCCCAGCUCCCCGCCUCACCUACCGGUGGCAGCCACCAGGACUCUGCCAGCGACUCUGAGGAUGAAAACGAGGAGGCUGACCAGCGCACCAGCCCUGAGGACGGCAGGGUCUCGACCCCAUACAUAACUGAGGAGUGUCUGAAGAAGCUGGACACAAAGCAGCAGACCAACACCCUGUUGAACCUAGUGUGGAGGGACUCUGCCAGUGAGGAAGUCUUCACCAGGAUGGCCUCCGUCUGCCACACGCUGAUGGUGCAGCACCGCAUGGUGGUGCCCAAAGUCAGGCUCCUCUACAGCUUAGCCUUUAAUGCCAGAUUUCUGAGGCACCUUUGGUUUCUCAUCUCUUCCAUGACAACACAGAUGAUCACAGGGUCCAUGGUGCCAUUGCUUCAGGUGAUCUCAAGGGGUUCUCCCAUGUCUUUUGAAGAUUCUAGUCGAAUCAUCCCCCUCUUUUACCUCUUUAGCUCCUUGUUCAGUCACUCGCUGAUUUCCAUACAUGACAACGAGUUCUUCGGUGAUCCCAUCGAAGUUAUUGGUCAGAGACAAUCGUCCAUGAUGCCUUUUACUCUGGAGGAGCUCAUCCUGCUGUCUCGCUGCCUGCGGGAUGCCUGCCUAGGGAUCAUCAAGCUGGCCUAUCCAGAAACAAAGCCCGAAGUGCGAGAGGAGUACAUCGCAGCCUUUCAGAGCGUCGGGGUGAGCACGAGCUCCGAGAUGCAGCAGUGCAUCCAGAUGGAGCAGAAGCGCUGGGUCCAGCUGUUCAAGGUUAUCACCAACCUAGUGAAAAUGCUCAAGUCCAGAGAUACAAGGAGAAAUUUUUGUCCUCCAAAUCACUGGUUGUCAGAGCAAGAGGAUAUUAAAGCAGAUAAGGUCACCCAGCUCUAUGUUCCGGCUUCCAGACACGUUUGGAGGUUCCGGCGGAUGGGCAGGAUCGGCCCGCUGCAGUCCGCUCUGGAGGUGGGUCUGGAGUCCCCUCCACUGUCAGUAUCUGAGGAACGACAGCUCGCCAUCCUGACAGAACUGCCUUUUGUGGUUCCUUUUGAGGAACGAGUGAAGAUCUUUCAAAGGUUGAUUUAUGCAGAUAAGCAAGAAGUUCAAGGAGAUGGUCCAUUUCUAGAUGGAAUAAAUGUCACAAUAAGAAGGAACUAUAUCUAUGAGGAUGCUUAUGACAAACUUUCUCCAGAAAAUGAACCAGAUUUGAAAAAGCGGAUCCGCGUGCACCUGCUCAAUGCCCACGGCUUGGAUGAAGCUGGCAUCGAUGGUGGGGGUAUUUUUCGAGAGUUUUUAAAUGAACUACUAAAAUCCGGAUUUAACCCCAACCAGGGGUUCUUUAAGACCACUAAUGAAGGGCUCCUAUAUCCGAACCCAGCUGCCCAGAUGCUUGUGGGAGAUUCUUUUGCCAGACAUUACUACUUCCUAGGCAGAAUGCUCGGAAAGGCGCUCUAUGAAAACAUGCUGGUGGAGCUGCCCUUUGCGGGCUUUUUCCUCUCCAAGCUGUUGGGAACCAGUGCUGACGUGGACAUCCACCACCUGGCCUCCUUGGACCCCGAGGUGUACAGGAACCUUCUGUUCCUCAAGAGCUACGAGGGGGAUGUGGAAGAGCUCGGACUGAACUUCACGGUGGUGAACAACGACCUGGGGGAGGCCCAGGUAGUUGAGCUAAAGGUUGGUGGGAAAGAUAUUCCUGUCACGGGUGCCAAUCGCAUCGCGUACAUCCACCUGGUGGCUGACUACCGGCUGAACAAGCAGAUCCGCCCGCACUGCCUGGCUUUCCGACAGGGCCUGGCCAACGUCGUCAGUCUGGAGUGGCUCCGGAUGUUUGAUCAGCAGGAAAUUCAGGUAUUAAUUUCUGGUGCACAAGUUCCCAUAAGUCUGGAGGACCUAAAAUCCUUCACCAACUAUUCAGGAGGCUAUUCUGCUGAGCAUCCCGUCAUUAAAAUCUUUUGGAGAGUUGUAGAAGGUUUCACUGAUGAAGAAAAGCGCAAACUGCUCAAGUUUGUGACAAGUUGCUCUAGACCUCCUCUCUUGGGAUUUAAGGAGCUGUACCCCGCCUUCUGCAUCCACAAUGGAGGCUCCGACCUGGAGCGGCUCCCCACGGCCAGCACCUGCAUGAACCUGCUGAAGCUGCCCGAGUUCUACGACGAGGCCCUUCUGCGAAGCAAGCUGCUCUACGCCAUCGAGUGCGCGGCCGGCUUCGAGCUGAGCUGAGCGGGGCUGGGGGAGAGGGGACCGGCCCCCCGACCCCCGCAGCCAGCGCUCCCGGGCGGACCCAGGCCCUCCUCCGGCUCUCCUCCUGACACUUCUCCCCUGGGUUUUUAGGUUAUUUUUAUGAUAACGUGGCCACUUACCUAGUCGGACAUUGCUUUUCAGAUAACUUGAUAAACCCAAUGUUAGGUGCCAUGUGGGUUAGUAAUUUUGCCAAGAAGAGCACCGUGUUCAGACUAGUGGCAACUCAGUGAGACGAACCAAAGACGACACCUUGGCCUUGCGGAUCGGAUCGUUAGCAUGCCCUCCUGAGCUGCCGGAGCCCCACCCGGGUCCCGCGGGCCCCUGCGGUCCGCAGAGAAGGGAGAAGGGACGCAGAGCCCUGGGGCCACCGCUUCUGUGUGGUUGAUUGUUUACAAGCCUAAUUGUUAAAAUGAAAGGCAUUUAUUUCCUGCUGCCUUUUCCCAAAGUGGUUAGGUUUGGAAAAUAGAAAACAGUAGUAUUAUUUUUAUUUUAUUUGUGCUUUUUUUAAGCCAUUUUCCCCCAGGCGGGACUCGCAUGCUCAUUUUUGGGAUACCAUUGACCUGCGUCCUGCGGUCGGUCGGGCUGUUGCUGGGUAGCUGUGCGGUGGGUUCUUCUCUCUGCUGUCCCUGUCUCUACUUUGUGCUUGGAGAGCUCUCUGAGGAGGAGGAGGAGGAGGAGGAGGAGGAGGAGGAGGAGGAAGAGGAAGUGCUUGUGCCCCCCGGGCCUGUGGGGCGCCUGCCCUGAGUGGCGGGUGGGGAGCGUGGGCGCUGCAGCUUCUAUUAAAGCCGUUUGAACCAAAGUGGUGGGCUGCGUCUCUCCGUGACCCACGGGCCCCUGGCCGGGGCCGUGCCGCCACCAGCCUGGGCGUCCUGGGGGCUGUCCAGACCUCGGCACCCCCUGCUGCUGCCUUGGCACGCGUGGGCCUCCCUGGCAUGUGUCAGCGAAGAUCCCGGAUGGGUCUCCUGUCGGCACUUUAUUGGAGCCUGGGCGGUAGCCGGCGACCUUGGCCUCCACCCACAGAAAGCACCUGGGGUGAGCUGUGGCCAGCGGCCCUGCCCUGCGAGGACCUGUGUGCUGGUGCUGCUGAGGACCGAGGAGCCCCCCGCCGGCCCCGCCCCGCCCCGCCCCGGCCCAGGCCGCCCUGGGUCUGUAGCUGCGGCCUCGGGGCUCACACAGCUAGUGGACCGGACUUAGCAAUAUACUUUUAAAUGUGGGAAAACUGAAUGACACUUUUAAGAUAAUGACCAUUAUCAAAACAAAAUGUAUAAUUUCUUAAUUUGAAUAAUAAAUUAAGUGUUCAAAUGCUA